AUGGUGGAAGGAGAAGUGGAGAUGAAUGAAGAAACAUCUGUUGUGAGGCUUCUUGUAGUUUCUACUCAAGUGGGCUGCCUUUUGCGAAAAUCUGGUGGUGUAAUCAAGCAAAUGGCUUCUGAACGCAGAGCCCAAAUAAGGAUUCUUCAAAGGGAUAAACUUCCUGCAUGUGCAUCUUCUUCUGACGAAUUGCUUCUAGAUCAUCCAGCUCCAGUUGGAGCUCGGGACAAGAGUGAUUAUUUGCCUGCCAACAAUGUGAUUGUGAAUAAUAUCAAUACUUAUGAGCAACAUUCACAUCCACAUCAUCCAAAUGGACGAGCAGGGCAUCAUGAGAGAGGUCGUUUUGGUCCUUUCACAGACAUGCUAACGUACCAUUUGAGAUGCCCUAAUGAGAAGGUAGGAGGUGUAAUUAGAAAAGGAGGGGCUACCAUGAAGGCACUGAAGCACGAGACUGGAUGUGACAUUAAAAUCCUUGAGUGA